GUUAACUCGCCCUCCUCCUCCUCCUCCUCGGCGGUGGCUGGCUGCGGCAGCUGCAGAGGCAGGAGGGGCUGGCGGAGGAGAAGCAGCAGCCGUGGAAUAUGGCGGACGGCGUGGAUCACAUAGACAUUUAUGCCGAUGUAGGAGAGGAAUUUAACCAGGAGGCUGAAUAUGGUGGGCAUGAUCAGAUAGACCUGUAUGACGACGUCAUCUCUCCAUCUGCCAAUAACGGCGAUGCACCAGAGGAUCGUGAUUAUAUGGACUCUCUUCCACCAUCUGUUGGAGAUGAUGUGGGCAAAGGAUCAGCACCAAAUGUAGUCUAUACAUAUACAGGAAAGAGAAUUGCAUUAUAUAUUGGGAAUCUUACUUGGUGGACCACAGACGAAGAUUUAACUGAAGCAGUUCAUUCACUUGGUGUAAAUGAUAUUUUGGAGAUAAAAUUUUUUGAAAACCGUGCUAAUGGACAGUCUAAAGGAUUUGCUCUUGUGGGUGUGGGAUCUGAGGCAUCUUCCAAAAAGCUGAUGGACCUGUUGCCCAAAAGAGAGUUACAUGGUCAAAAUCCUGUUGUAACUCCUUGUAAUAAGCAAUUUCUGAGUCAAUUUGAACUGCAAUCGAGAAAAAACUUAGGCGGAAGUCUGAAAAACAGACACUGCUUUAAUGAAGAGCAAAGAGUGCUGCAUCUGUCUACACAAUCUGGCCAGAUGUCUGGUGAAGGAAAAGCUGGUCCACCAGGAGGCAGUUCACGAGCAACUUUUCCUCCAAGUAACAGAGGGCGGGGCCGUUUUCCAGGUGCCCUUCCUGGAGGGGACAGAUUUCCGGGACCAGCUGGACCCGGAGGGCCCCCUCCACCUUUUCCAGCUGGACAGACUCCUCCACGUCCACCUCUAGGUCCUCCGGGUCCACCAGGCCCACCAGGUCCUCCUCCACCUGGCCAGGUUCUGCCUCCUCCACUAACUGGUCCUCCUAAUCGUGGUGACCGUCCCCCUCCUCCAGUUCUGUUUCCAGGACAACCGUUUGGCCAACCUCCAUUGGGUCCACUUCCGCCUGGUCCUCCACCCCCAGUUCCAGGCUAUGGUCCUCCACCAGGUCCUCCACCCCCACAGCAAGGUCCUCCUCCACCUCCAGGUCCUUUCCCUCCUCGUCCACCUGGUCCUUUAGGACCACCCCUUACACUGGCUCCUCCUCCUCACUUACCUGGGCCACCACCAGGUGCUCCCCCUCCUGCCCCACACGUGAAUCCAGCUUUCUUCCCCCCACCAGCCAACAGUGGCAUACCUACAUCAGACAGUCGUGGUCCACCCCCUUCAGACCCAUAUGGCCGACCUCCACCAUAUGACAGAGGUGAUUAUGGGCCACCAGGCAGGCGUUUCACUGGAAAUAACAUGUCCAUAAGAGAACAAUUACAUAUGCCAUUGUAUUGGAGACAAACGAAAAAUAAUACUCAAAACGCAGGGAGAGAAAUAGAUGCUGCAAGGACACCAUUAAGUGAAGCAGAAUUUGAAGAAAUUAUGAAUAGAAAUAGGGCUAUCUCUAGCAGUGCCAUUUCAAGAGCUGUAUCAGACGCAAGUGCUGCGGAAUAUGGAAGUGCUAUAGAAACCUUGGUGACUGCAAUUUCAUUAAUUAAACAGUCCAAAGUAUCUGCAGAUGAUCGCUGCAAAGUACUUAUUAGCUCUCUGCAAGAUUGUCUUCAUGGAAUUGAAUCAAAGUCUUACGGUUCUGGAUCAAGAAGACGUGAACGGUCAAGGGAGAGAGACCAUAGUAGAUCAAGGGAGAAAAGCCGACGCCAUAAAUCUCGUAGCAGAGAUCGCCAUGAUGAUUAUUACCGGGAAAGAAGCCGUGAACGUGAGAGGCAUCGUGACCGUGAUAGAGACCGUGAUAGAGAGCGUGAUAGAGAACGAGAAUAUCGUCAUCGUUAAGAGCUGAAGGAAGAGGAGCACCUCGCCAGAAAAGAAAUGUAACUUCGUGGAAAGAGGCUUGUCCAGCAGUUUGCUUCUUGUGAUCGAACAGAGCUGUAAAGGAUUCAUGGAUAAAUUGAACAGGAAUAGAUCUGAAUAAAGCAAAUCUGCAUAUAUGGUAACCAGUAGCUCUCUUACUUUUUAUGUUGCUUAGCUGUUUUUAUUUGAAGGAACCUGUGUGAUUUAAAACAUAUAGCUUUUUGCAACUAUUACUGGUUAUAUAUAUAUUUGACAAUUAAAAUGUGCAGGCAAUUGGAAAGAAGUCAAGUAAAUGCUUGUUUUUAUAGUAGUUGGUUCUUGUUUAAAUGUUCAAGAUAAUGUCUGUAAAGCGCAACAAUUUGAUUAUAAUAGAUGUAGUGUUGUAAUAAACUGUUUGAUGGGGCUGAUGUGUAAAUCUGUUCGAGUUAUUUGAUGUUUACACCUCAGGGAGCGUCUUGUGUUCAGCAAUAUUUAAUGCUGUUAAAUGUCUCUAACAAAAUGCAUAUUUUUUACAAAUGCAUCAAUUUAUUGUAUUUGAUAACUUUAUGAUGAAACUAGAAUAGAAAUCACAUUAUUAGUUUAUAGCCAGUUUUACAUAGAUGGUUUUUGAACAUGCCUAAAGGUGUACCAAAAAAUUAGUGUUUCUGAUCCUUGUAGAUUGAAAUUCCAUUGGAGAAGAUUUAGGCUUAAGUUGAAUUAAAGACUUCUGUUGCAAUAUACAGAACUAAAUACCCCAUAUUUAUUUACAAUUUUUUAAAAAAAGAUUAGGCAUUUUCAGAUGAUGGUCAUUCUUUACUUUUUUGUUAUGUCCUAUUUCCAAAUACUCUGAUAGCGUAUACAUAGACCCACUGUGUCAACUAAAAAUAGGUACAAAAGAAUUCCCUAAAAAACCAAACAUGAAAAAUAAAAAUUCCAGCAGUUUCUUUAAACAGUAAAACGUAGUUUGUCCCAAUAAGCAAAUGUAAAUCUGAUGUACUCCAGAAUCAACAGUGGAUUUAUAAUCGUGCUCAGCAAUAUGUUGUUUGUUGAUAAAAACAGACUUCUGAGAUUCUUACUUGCACCUCCCUAAUUUCUCCUUUCAAAGCUGUCAACAUUUUAAAUGUUUAUUUUUCCCCAAAUUUACUGUAAUUGGUUUGUGAAUUAAUGAAAAUCAUUUUUUUAAUAUUUAAUCAGUAUCAAUAAAUUGGAUUAUAAAUUUGCUGAGAUAUGAAAUUAAAUACAUCAUAUAUAUUCUGCAAUUAUAACUUGAUAAAAACCAUGAUCAGUCUUGGGUUUUUAAUGAAUAUAAUUGUGUAAUAAUAAUUUUAAAUAGCAUCCUUGACACAUCUACAGUUUUUAAGAUAAAUGAAGCAUACAUAUUAAAAUAUAUGUAUGUUUCAGUUAUAUUCAUAAUAAGGUAUUAUCUGGAUCUUCGUUUCAGUUUACCUGGAAGUAAAUCCCUUUGAAAGUGGAAUUGCAUUUAAGUAAAUAUGCAUACUAUAUGUAUCCACAGUUAUUAGCUGCACAUGAAAGCACUCAACUUUCUCUACUGGUUCUAUACAUAAUUCUGCUCAGAGUAGAAAUAAAAUAUCUCUCUCUGAAGGUUAUCCAAUAUGACUGAUUUACAUUGUUGUAAAAGUCAGUUUAUCAUGUGCUUAGUUCAGUCAGUGCAAUUUAACCUACUGUAUAGACUUGUCUAUUUCAAAUUAAUUUUUUAGUUGUUAAUAACUGGAGUUGUAUGGAUAUGUUAAUGUUCACUGAAAAGAUUUUUAUAAUGGCUGCCUUUAUCGUUUUUGUACAUUGAACAUUCUUAUGAUUCAUACUUGGUUUGUUUUCUUGAUCUAACACAUUUUUAUGUGACAUUGGCUUCUGUUAAGCAUAUUAUUAUGAUCAAUUUACCUAAUUAAUAUGUGGAAAUGUUAAUAUUACUUUUGAUUUAGCCUCCAAUUUCAUUGUGUGCGUGCGUGUGUGAGUGUGUGUAUAUACGUAUAAAUAAAUAGGUAGAAGUAAAUAGGUAGAAGAUGAGAAGUAAAAAUUAAUUGAAGUAAAAUAUUAAGAUGUUUGGGUCUGUAUACUCUUAUUUAAAAGUUAUACUUAAGGUUUUGAGUUGUUUCCUUUGUGCAGUGUUGAAUAGGUAUAUCAUCAGAAAAUGGGAAGUUGCUCAUAUGCUUGGAAUGGCUUGUUUAUGUAGGGUUGUUGUCAUAGCCCUAAGAAUUCCAGUGCAGUAAUGCAUUUUUAAUUAGCUAAAAUGUGCACAAAGAAUCUGGACUAAAAACUGGAAAAACCAAAAGCUGAAGAAACAGCCAGGUAAGUUAGAUAUGCAUCAUGGAUAAAUUUUAUUUGGACAACUUCAAGUAUCAAGAACCAAAAUGAAAAUAAUUUAAAAUCAUAACUUACUUUAGUGUAACUUUUUACAGUUGAAAAGUAGUGUUAUUGCUGUAUAUAGAUUAUUUUAUGUUUUCUUCUCAAGAUUUCCAUUGCUGGCAGUGGA